CCGGGUUGUGGUUAGUAGUUUUUGUGUUUUUCUAUUGCAUCUAAAAACCACAUAACCCCCCAACCACAACAUAACUCCCUCUCUUCCAAUCCUGUUUUCCUACGCCACCAGUACUCUCUCUCUCUCUCUCUCUCUCUCUCUCCCCUUUUCACUUCCCAUCUCCAGGUAUCUCCACAGAAAAGAGAGUAAAAAAUGGGUGACAACGAUUGGGUGAAACUGGCCAUGGAUGACGACUCGGUUGUGGUGGACCUGCUGAUGUGUCUCCACCACUCCACGCCGUCGCCACCCAAGAGAGAGAAGAACUCCAAGGCUUUGCUGCCGCUAGAGUGGCGCGUCAGGCAGCGACGUUCCAAGCCUAUACCCCACCCGAAGGUGAAGAAGCCGACGCCCACGGCCAGCCCCACGACUCCGCUCUCCUGGAGCGGCGCCACAUCCGUCAGCGGCGGCGGUGAUGGUCUUGAGGAGUCGAGCCAAUCUCGUCCCAAGCGGCCGGAAUCUACCAGAUCUAAGGUUAUUGCUGCAGGUGGAACUGCUUCCAAUAAAAAGUCAAGAAAGAAAAAGACAUUACCUGAACUCAAAGAGGAGGAGAUCUUGCUUCUAAAGGAAAGAAGGCAAUUAAAGAGGGAAUUGGACACUUUACGUGACACUCUAGAGAAACAAAGAGCCACAAACGAAAGCUUGAAGAGAUUGAGGCUUGAUUUGGAAUCACAGCAAGCAGCAGAACGGGUCACAGCAAUUGCAUCUUUAGAAGGACUCGCCGAUCAAAGACGGCAAAAGUUGGCAUCUUGUGACCCCACUCCUUCAGUCCUGCAACCAGAUGCCAGAAUUGAUGAUCACGAUGAUGAACUACUUCUUUCUCCAAAUGGUCCUUCCAAGCUGAAGCAGGAAAUCAUAGAUCAAGAGGAUAAGUUUCUGCUACCUGAUCUAAAUAUACCCGUCGAGAAUUCCAACUCAGAGGUCAUAGAUAGAGUUAGCUGAGACAGAUGAAGCAUAACAACUCGGAGUUCAUAGCCAGAGUUAGCUGAGACAGAUGAAGCAUAAACCGGUAAUCUGUUUUCUUAGACAAAUAUAUCGAGGGAAUUCAUACGUGAAAAUAAGUCUAACCUUGCAUUAAGGUGAUGUUGUAACUUUAGUUGCAGAACAACAUUACCUUCACCACAUCCCAAACCGAAGCGGAAGUAUUUCUUCUGUUGGCAAAGGUGCCGAGGGUGACAGAGAUCCUCACUGCUUAGCGAGCUACAUUGUUUUGUAGGUUUAUUAUUUUACGUCCAAAUUCCUGCAGGCCUACCGGCAUGCCUUCUAUCCCGUUUUUACAAAUAUUUACAGAUAUAUUGUAUACUAGUCGUAGAUAAUGAGAUGUUAAUUACAUUUGAUCGAAACAUUCAAAUGUUGGGUCAUAAGAUUCUUUGUUCUAAGUUUGA